AUGCUUGAUUGUGAAGAUAUCAAUAACUAUCAUCUUUUGCAAAUAUUAUUAGCUGAUAUUAUAGAAGUUCCAGUCAAAUGUGACAAAUCUGAUGCAGAUUCAUUAUAUAAAAUUACUAAUAAUGAACUAUUAACGGAGGCUUCGGUAGAUAGUGAUAAAUCUGCUAUAGAAGGUUCAAUAAAUAGCAUAUUAGAAAAUAUGUCUUCAGAUAGUGAUGAAUCUGAUAUAGAAGUUUCAAUAAAUAGUGUGUUAGAAAAUAUGUCUUUAGAUUUUAAAGAAUUUGAUAGCAAAUACUGUCUCUAUUUUUCAAACUUUACAUUGGCAACAAUUAUCACUUGGGUAACAAAACAUAUAGUUUGUAAAUAUAAUAAAAAAAAAUUUUAA